ACAAUAUUUAUUGUUUAAUAUUUUACUUUACAUAAAUUACUAAUUAGUGGUGGGCUGUACUUUUUACAUAGUAUAAAAAUGUAUGUGGAAAUGAUUUCAGAUCUACUUGAUUUGUUCAAUAAACUAUUAAACUUUAUGACUGAAGUUGGAGUUCUAGAAUCUUUUACAUUUGUGCAUUCUGCCAUAAAUCUGAACUCACAGCAUGAACAAUUUCUUAAAAGAAUUCAAUCAUCAAUUGAUGAAUUGAAGAAAUGGUUACAAAAUGUUUGUACAGAAUGGAAAGCAGAAGAUUUAGCAUCUCUUGGCAAUGUGAUUGAGCCACCAAUGACACCUAAUAAUAUAGAUCUUAACAUGAAUGGCACUGAUUACAUCACUCCACUUAUUAAAGAAAAAAUAGAUUCUGUGCUAGGUUUUCGAAAUCCAGUUAGUCCAAUUUUGUGGAGUGUUGGAUUAAGACCCAUACAAGAUAGUAAUUCUAAAGACGGAUUUGAAAUUGAUGAUGAUCAAAGACUGCCUACAGAUUUUGUUGCUCCAUCUUUUGGAGAUUAUGGAAGCCCUUCAUCAGAACCUUGGAAUGUUUUUCAAGAAUCUAAUUAUGAUAUGGAUCAGACAAACAUGGAUGAAAAAGGUCCUCAAACACCAAAUAUAAAAUUAUAUAGAAAAGAAGAGGAACCAGAUGUUAUACAAGAUAUGACUUCAAAUUCAUCAUGUUUCCCUAAAGAAAUUAAUCAAAUUGAAAAUUUAUUUCCAUGUCAAAAAUGUAAAAACCAAUUCAAGUCCUUUGAAGAACUAGAAGAACAUUUAAAAACACAUCAGUUUAAAUCAAAAUUCACAAACCUACAUUUAACUUGUGCUUACUGUAAUAAGACAUUCUAUCAAAAAAGUAAUUUACGCCUACAUAUGUUGAUCCAUGAAAAUAUCAAACCAUACGCAUGUUCGUACUGUGAUCGACAAUUUACUCAAAAAGCCACAAGAGAUGUACACUUAGCUAAACAUACUGGUGACUAUUUAUAUUUGUGUUACAUUUGCAAUAAGAAAUAUGCUACAAAAGGAAAAUUAGACUUCCAUAUGAAGACUCAUCAAGAAGCACAAUAUGAAUGUACAUUGUGCAGUAAACGAUUUUCUACUCAACAAUAUUUGAAUAAUCACAUGAAAGUACAUCCAGAUCAGAAUACAAGUGGAUUUAACUGUGAUGUAUGUCAAACAGAGUUUAAGAAAAGAAGAUCUUUGCUUGCACAUAGAAAACAAGAACAUCCAUUUUGCAUGUUUAAAUGUCCAACUUUUGAAUGUGAUAAGGAAUUUUCUACUAUCCAGUUGUUAAAUAGGCAUAUUAAACGAUUACAUGAAACAAAAGAAAGAGGUGUGAUUUGUUCAGAAUGUGGAAAAUCGUUUGAUUUUCCUAAUUACUUACAAAAACACAUUGUUCGAGUCCAUGGGCCAAAACGUUUGCCAAAAUUUAAAUGCCGACAGUGUCCCUUACGUUUUGACAAUGAUGUAAUGUUACAUGUACAUAUGCAAUCACAUCCAAAGGAUAAUAAAAAAAAAGAAAUCAAACGUGUGAGUUGUCCUCGAGAUUCUUGUAACUUAUCAUUUUAUAACCGUGUUAGUCUUCGAUAUCACAUUGCUGAAAAACAUGAUAAUAUUUAUCGGUAUGAAUGUGAAAUAUGUCAAAAAAAAUUUGUUCGUAAAAAUCACUAUGAAUUACACAAGGCUGUUCAUUUGAAACCCAAUUUUACUUGCAAUAUGUGUUUUAAGAGGUUUCGUAAAAAAAAUCGUUUGGCUGCUCAUUGGAAAAAGACCCAUCAACAAGAGACAUUUGAUUUUGGCAUGCUUUUUAGUGUAGAUACAAUACACAAACUAAAUUUGUAAUACAAAAUUAUAUUUAAUAAAUUGUAGUUCAAUUUUAAUAUAGUAAAGGUGAACUAU